AUGGCAUCAGAAUCACUAAACUCGUCCCGAGGCGAGUUACAAAAUCGGAAUCAACAGGAUACCGCACCUGACGCUGUUCCCCACGCCGCUCGCGGAGCUGCCGCGACUCCAUCGCCCAUGUCCUGGUUUCCUCUAGGCUACAGAGAGGGGUUCAGUCAGUGGUGGGCUUCUAUACCCGCCGCCGCAGCUGAACAUAAGGUCCUCUCUUACCUCCCCUACCUUCAACAUCAACCGCCCACUCAGUUACAAACCGGAAAGACGACGAAUGGCUCGAGUGGCGAAUCCGCAAGUUUACAAUCGGCGGAUCAGAGUCAGCUGGGCGAGGUCGCGGCUACUUCCACCGAUGACCCGUACGGCCCUCGGCGAUGGCUCUCGAGUAUGGUGCAGCUCAGUGGCAAGAACCGGGCACUCAAUGAGUUCUCCGUGGAGAGGGUAGGCGAGGAGGCAGACCAGCACUUGGUUAUGCUCCACGGAUAUGGAGCGGGUCUAGGGUUCUUCUACAAAAACUUUGAGCCUCUGAGCCGGCUGCCAGGAUGGCAACUCCAUGCGCUGGAUCUUCUCGGUAUGGGUCGCAGUACGCGGCCACCAUUCCGCAUUAAGGCUAAAGAGCGCGAGGAAGCGAUCCGCGAGGCUGAAGAUUGGUUUGUGGAUGCGCUGGAAGAAUGGCGCGUCAAGCGCAAGAUUGAGCGCUUCACCCUCCUGGGACACAGUCUGGGCGGCUACAUAGCGGUGAACUACGCGCUCAAAUACCCCGGCCGCCUCAACAAGCUCAUCUUGGCUUCACCCGUCGGCAUCCCAGAGGAUCCCUACGCCAUGUCUUCAGAUUUGCCCCAAAAACAAGACCAACCGGCCAUUGCCGCUUCUGCCGCAGCAGUGCCACCCGGAGACACUGCGCCCAAGGGCGACAAUAACAUUCUCCUCAGGGGCCCUCCGUCAGACGCCUCUAAAGGAGAUCGCCCUCCCCGCCGCACAGUCCCGAAAUGGUUUGCUUACCUAUGGGAAGCCAAUAUCUCACCCUUCACUCUUGUCCGAUGGGCAGGACCCCUCGGGCCCCGCCUCGUCUCGGGCUGGACAUCCCGCCGCUUCUCGCACCUCCCCGCCGACGAAGCGAAAGCCCUUCACGACUACUCAUAUUCGAUCUUCAGCCAGCGCGGUAGCGGAGAGUACGCCCUCGCAUAUAUCCUCGCACCGGGCGCCUUCGCGCGCAGCCCUCUCAUCCACCGAAUCCAAGGCCUCGGCCGACAAAUGAUCCCCGCCUCCACACCGUCUCUUCCCUCAUACUCAUCCUCCCCGACUGACACCCCAAACGUAACUCAAACCAGUCGCGAAGAAGGUCUCCCCGUCGUCUUUAUGUACGGCGACCACGACUGGAUGGACUACCGGGGUGGACAGGCCGCCGCUGCCAAAAUCAGAGAAGAGAAGCGCCGUGUCCUGGAAAAUGCCACGCCCGCUGAGCGCGAGGCGGAUAAGGGCUCGGCUAAGGUUGUUAUGAUUCGAAACUCAGGACACCACGUUUACUUAGAUGGGUGGGAGCAGUUCAACGAUUCCGUUCUUUCAGAGAUGGAAGAAGUCGCGAAGAGAGAUAGGGCUAAACGGUGA